AUGGGAAAGAUCUCUUGCGCCAUCGCGGCCCUUGUUCUGGGCGCGCAAUUUGCCGUCUCAACGCCCAUUCAUGCUCGACUCCAACCGAAUGCGAUUGUACAACGAGCUGCAAAUGACACGCCUGUGGCAGGCGGCAUCAUGCCCGGUGCCUACAUUGUCGAGUUCGCGGAUGACGAUGAGACACCGGAGUCAUUCUACGCGUCUCUUGCAGCUAGCGGCGUACAAGUUGAACCUCGCAUGGACCUGAGCUUCCGUUUCUUCAAAGGCGUCUCGUUCCAAGUCAAGAGGUCGAGCUCGAACUCGACUGGCGGGGACUUUCUGCGUCAGAUGAAGGCCCAGCCGCAGGUCGAGAACAUAUGGCCGACGCGCAUCACCACACGUUCGGGCGAGGAAAGUGUUGUAGCACCUUCCCAGCAGAAGCGCACCAAGCGGCAAACCACCUCCGAGCGCACCUUUUCUCCUCAUGUAAUGACCCAGGUUGAUAAGCUGCACGCAGAGGGCGUCACCGGCAAAGGUUUCCGCGUCGCUAUCGUUGACAGCGGUCUCGACUACACCCACCCAGCACUCGGCGGAUGCUUUGGACCGGGCUGUCUGGUAGAAGCGGGGUACGACUUCGUCGGCGAUAACUACAUACCAGGCAAGACACUCCCUGAGCCCGAUGACGACCCCAUGGACAAUUGCGGUGGACAUGGUACCCACGUUGCAGGCACCAUCGCCGCUCAGCUCGAAGGCAACGAGUAUGGCUUCACAGGCUCUGCUCCCGGAGCAAAGCUAGGCGCAUACAGGAUGUGGGGCUGCACAUCGACUUCCACGAACGAGAUCGAGCUGAUGGCAUUUGCUCGGGCUGUCGAGGACGGCGCAGACAUCAUCUCUUACUCCAACGGCGAUGAGUCGGGCUGGGCGCAGGAUGUACGUGCUGUCAUCAUCUCCCGCAUUGUCGACUCCGGUAUUCCUGUUGUGAUAUCUGAAGGCAACGGCGGAGGCCAGGGCAUGUUUUACGCUUCUACACCGGCAACGGGAUACAGCGUCAUGGGUACAGGGGCAGUGUCCAAUACGAAGUUCCCCACAUUCCUCGAGCGAGGCUCCUACACGACUGGUGCCAAUGCUACCAGCAACGGCACGACCGACUUUGGCUUUCUGAUGGGUGUACCCGAAUUUGCUGCCGACACAACACUCCAGCUGUGGUCUGCUGCCGAUGUAGAUGACGCUUGCAAGCCCUUGCCCGAUGAUACGCCAGAUCUGAGCCAGCGCAUCGUGCUUUUGGAGUUCAAGGAUGCAAGAGCAACCCAGUGCUAUCCGCAAGAUCAGGGCGCGAAUCUCGCCGCGAAGGGUGCACGAUUUAUGAUCUACUAUGAGCGCAGCAACCUUACGAUGCGGGACGAGCCAUACGUCUACGCCGACGGGAUCGAAGGAGUAGUCAAGGCUGUCCCAUACGUUGCCGAGCGUUGGCUUUCCCUCCUUUCGCAGGGCAGCACCGUAUCCGUGACAAUACCCGCGAAUGGAACCCAGACGCACCUCGAGGAGCUUGAGAACAAUGAGACCGGCGGAUAUGUCGCGGGCGAGCUGAGUAGCUGGGGCCCAACCUGGGAGCUGAGCAUGACGCCACAGAUUGUAUCACCCGGAGAGAACAUCCUGAGCACGUAUCCGACGGCUUUGGGUAGCUACCGCGUCAUGACUGGUACCAGUAUGGCAACGCCGCUGGUUGCAGGUGUCUACGCAAUGCUUGGUGAGGUAUACGGCAAGUUGGAACCAGAGCGCCUUCGCAGGAUCCUCACACACACGUCCAAGCCACUUGCAUGGCACGACGGUACGAAGGCAUACCCCGACAUCCUCGCUCCAGUCGCCCAGCAAGGCGCCGGGCUGAUUCAAGCGUGGAACGCUGCCCACACCACUCUUGAGCUCGAUGUCGACAGUCUCAUGCUGAACGACACGGAACACUUCGUCGGCACCCGAACCUUCAGCAUAAAGAACACUGGCUCCACCGACGAGGUCCUCGACUUGGACCACCGCAAAGCCGUCACAGUAUACACUUUCCAACCCAACGUCCCCGACCUACGUACAGGCGUGUUCCCCAACCCUGCCGUUGACUCAUGGGCCACUGUCUCCUUCUCCUCCCGCAUCAACGUCCCCGCUGGCCAGUCCGCCAAGGUCACCGUCGACAUCACACCACCCGCAGAUGUCAACGCAACCCUACUCCCCGUCUACAGCGGCUUCCUCAGCAUCGGCGACAAGCUCCACCUACCCUAUCUAGGCGUCGUCGGAAACAUGCGCGACGUGCCCAUCGCAACGGCCGACAGAGUCUACCUCGCGCAAGGAUACUCGCCCGCGCCUGCAAACUCCUCGUACACAAUCCCUAGACCAGACCCUGAGAACCCGCCUUUGACCGACCGCGGUGACAUGCAAAACACACCGAAUGUAUACGUUGGCACGUUAGUAGGCUCGUCGUUGGUGCGCGUCGAGGUGGUGCAGGAAGACAAGGUGUUGGGUGCGUUGGCUGGAUUUCCGCAGACGUACGUUGCCAGAGGUGAGGUGCGCGCGUACUUUAAUGGGUUGAUGGCGGAUGGGACGGUGCUUGACGAGGGGGCGUACAAGAUGAAGGUUAGUGCGCUGCGCAUAUUCGGGAAUGAGGAGCGUGAGGAGGAUUGGGAUGUUUUUGAGUCGGUUAGUUUUAAGGUGAGGUACGCUGUGUAG